GCUACUGCUCAAACACACACAGAGAAGAGUCAUCAGCAACUGGCUGUUUGUUAUCUCUGAACUUUGACACGUAGAAUGAAGUAGAGAGAAAAAUAACAAAGAACAAAGGAACAACCGAGGAGAAUUUUCUUUACUUUGUUCAAGUGAGACUCCAGAUAAUUAUUAUUAUUCUUAAGGACUGAUGGCUGCGAUGUUUGGCAGUGUGUGUGGCACUGUGACUCUUCUCAUGUGUGUUCUCGGAGGCCAAGCUUUAGACCUGCUGAGAGCGACUGCAACAUCUGGGAAUCCUUCCUCCAUUCCCAUGGUGCAUUGCUGGUGCGCAAGCUAUCCGAACCUGACUCUUUGCUCCUGGCCUGAACCUGCCCUCUCCCCACCGACACACUACAUUGCCACCUACAGUGAGAGACACAACCAGCUGGCCACCAGGCAGUGCCACCUCACCCCGCCCAACUCCUCGUCCUUGGCUCUAAACUCAUCCUCAUCUGAGCCGCUCUGGCACUGCCACCUGCCCAAUCUGAAGCUUCUUACCGACUACAUCAUCAAUGUCACAGCAGUUCAUUCUGGUGGAAGCAGCUCUCAACUUGCAAGUUUUAUGUUGGAGGAUAUUGUGAAACCAGAUCCUCCAGUAGACGUCCGGGUUUCCCCUCAUAACAUCAGAAACUUGUUGGUGGAGUGGUCUCCUCCCCCCACCUGGGCCAAUCUGGACAUCUUCCCCCUAAAAUACCAGAUAAUGUACCAGUGGGAAAACAGGGGCACCCCAAAAUUUGUCAGUCUGGGUCCGUUUGAGAACACCAGGGUUGAACUGAGGGGCCUGACCCCAGGGAAGGUAUACCAGUUCCAGGUGUGCGCUAAGGAGCUGCUGGGUCUGGGCGAGUGCAGCAACUGGAGCUCACCUGUAAACAUCACCAUACCAAGGAGGAAGCCGUAGACACUCCCUUUCACACCCUCUUUUGUUUACCUCUCUCCUUUUAAACUACUACUGAUGUCAAACUGAAAAACAGCAGACAAGUUCAAUCUUUGUUGUUUUAACUGCACAUACAAUGCAAGCAAGGGUUUUUACUAUUUUAUUUACAAAGGAACACACUUCCAUUGAAAAUGUUUUAUCUUAGUGUUUGUUGUAAUACUGAUGGUUUGGGUUGAUUGUUGUUUGUCCUUGAGGAAAUUGUGAUAUUUAAGUAAAAUUGUGUGAAAAAUUGAAUAAAAAUAAGGCAUUUGAAAUAAA